CAACAAGGAAAGGAAAACAAAUAUAACUUCGACUUUUAACCUUGGCUGUGUGAAUAUAUAUAUUUAUUGCUUGGAUAAAUAUCACUAAAGGUUUUGGAUACCACGGCCGCGAAAGAGAACACCUGUGGAGAAUAACCGUCGAACGACUCCAGUAGGGAUUAUCAGAAACCAACAACCCCACAUCCACCAUCGUCCCCUCAACCAACUAUCACGAAAGUAUCACGAAACAACCUCACACCUUUCACAUCACCAUCUACAUCCUCAAACCCUAAAAAACAACACAGCUACAACAGCAACAAUGACAGAAGCCACCUCCCAAAUGGACACCACCACCAGGUCCCUCGCCUCCCGCUCCCCAACACCAACAGCCCUCGUCUCACCCCCCACACCCACAUCUGGGACAUCGACACCGGACAUGCCUGGCACACCAACCUCAACAACAACCUCCCUCUCCACCCUCUCCACAACAGCCAUCAAAGACGGCCACCGCGGCACCCACCCCCCAGCCCAAGACGCCGAGCGCGACGACCGCAUUAGCCGACUAACCGGCAUGUCCGGCCUCCGCCACCCAGGACCACGAGUCCUCUCCACCGUCGGCAGCGCGAGCGCCACGAGCGCAGGAGGCGGACGCGGAAACGAGGAUAAUGGGUCAGUAGGCGGCUCAGCGGCCGGGGAAAGGGGUGAUGGAGAUGAAAGUGGGGUGGAGAGCGCGAUGGGGGAGGGGACGCUAAGUUUGGCAGGGAGUCAGGAGGGGGCGGGACGGGAGGCGGAGAGGAUUGUGAGGAGGCUUGAUGGGGGGGAUGGAGAGCCGGCGGGGGGAAGGGCGAUGGGGAGUCCGGAGGGGGAGGGGCUUGGGAGGUUUUAUUUCGAGGAUAAGAGGUGAUUUGUGGGAGAGGGGCGCGGUGAUGGGGAAGAUUGGGGGAAAGGUUCAAAUGCGGACUGGAUUGAUAAGCAGAGGCACGCGGGAGGGUGAAGUGUAGACUGCAGAUGGAUAGGUGGAGGUGCAAAAUGUACUGGUAUUGGAGAAAGCCAUAAAGCACUCUAUAGCAGCGAAAAUCACCCCAAUUCCGGCC